AUGAAUUUUGACGUUCCGGAUCUAAUUCCCGACGAACAGUAUAACGUUGAUGAAGCGAAGUUUGUAUCGAGUUUCAGUUGGUUACUCUCAAAUGCCGGCUACAUAGUCAAACGACCGACCGAUCAGAUUCAUCGGAAAAAAAAGUUUCUGACGAGCUCGAUGGUGAAGUACCUGGCGACCUGUGUCGCCUACUACAGAGCCGUCUCUAGACUGUUCCCCUCCGAGACUAGACACUUUGAAUGCAAUCACAAGUCGAUUGAUGAUUGGCUGAGGAGCAAAGGUUUUGGAAUUCCCAAUGAGGAAUUCGAUUACGAUGAGAUGAUGUCGUCUCAACCAUUCCACAAGGGUGUGCAUUUGAAGUUGAUUGACAAGAUCAUGACCGCUCACAUUUAUCUGAACUUCUCAGCUGAAAGGGUUACGAGGGAGCUCCACCUGGAAGACUCUUCAGCAUCACCAUCAACAACUCUGAACACGAAUAGCGUGGAAGACAUCAUUGUUUUCUGGGUGAACACGGUGAUGAAGAUGAUGGUGGAGAAGAGGAGGAGGAGGAAGAUGAUGAUGAUGAAGACGGAUGAUGAUGAUGCUGAUGACGAGGAGAGUAAGGAGUUGCUGAGGCUGUUGACUGUGGGACAGUUGGAAGAUUUCGUGGACGGAAGGGCUCUCUGUUCGUUGCUGUACUUCUAUCAGGGCUCUGCUGACAUUUCUUUGAACGAUCCACCGGGCAUAGCCGACUCCCUACACAACCUCCAGUUAUUCGUGACUGCUCUAGACAGGCAGCACUCGCCACCAUCACCACCCACACCCACACCCCCUCCACUGAUACACCUAACAAUCCACGACCUGUUUCACUGCCCCAACCAACUCACCCCAAACGUCAUGUGCCUCUUCGUCGAUCUCUUCUGCCUGGCGUAUGGUCGCUGUCCUGAUGGCGACGAUGACGUCAUCGUUAAUAAUGCUAAUGACCUCAUUAAUAUUCAUGACCUCAUUAAUAAUAAUGAUAAUAAUAAAAACAGUAGAGUUUUUGAUGAGAGUAUUUUCGCCAGGAAUACUGUUUCAAAUAGCAAUCGGAGCUAUACUAGUUGCAGAGACCAGCACCAGAAACUUCUCCCAAAAAGGAAUAAAGCGGCCUGGAUGCCAGAAAAUCCAGUGAAGUCAAUUCCAUCAACCAACGUCAACUACUUCUGGAGAUGCAGAAACGACAGGAGUCGCAACUGCAGCAACCACAUCAGCCACAUCUUCAACAGCUACCACAUCGGCUACAACAACAUCAAAAGCAACAAAACUGUCUUGAGGAAUUGGAUACAGAUCUGGCAGACCAAUGCUAUGUUGAUGUUGCAAAACUUGGUUCAAUGGCAGAUGACACCAACAAACGCAAUGUUGCGAAACACAUCAGCGACAAUGACGUCAUCAUUCAAUCCUCUGACGUCAUCUAGAGAGAAUAUAUUUUUGAAGAAUUACAAAGAGGAUGAUGGAGGCGAUGAUGAUGAUGAUGGGGAGGAGGACUGUUGUGAUGACAGGUUCAAUUACAAUCAUGCCUACGAUGGUAACAACAGUAGCAGCGCUAGAUCGCAUCAACAACAACUACAACAACAACAACAACAACAACAACAGCAGCAACAACUUCAACAACAACAUCAUCAUCAACAGCAACAACUAAAGAAAAGUUGCAACAAGAUGAAGUUGCCAUCAAGCAGGAAAAUGAAUCAACCUCCUCAGUCAACAUUUUCGCAUCUGUUGCCGAAAUUUCCAACAGCGACAUCAACAACAGCAACAUCUUCAGCCAUGACGUCAACAGCUCACGUGAUUCCAUCGUCCUCAUCUUCUUCUUCUUCAUCUCCUGGUCUCUUGAAUAAUCUCACGCCAGCAACAAUCUCAACAUCACCUCUCAUCUCAACUCAACUCCGUCAACAAAAUCGUCAACAACAACUCCAACUAAAUUCGCAACAUCAGCAAAUUGCUGCUGAUGACGUGUUGCAGCAGAGUCAACAAAAUAUUUCAACAAAACCGCAACGAAAACAGCAGAGAAGAAAGCGAACCAGCCAGGACGAGGAUGUUGCUGAUCCCAACUGCCAACAACAACAACAACCGCAUCGUCAGCAACAACAAAAUCAACUGCAGUUUGAUCAACAGCAACAUUUUCUGCAGUACCAACAACAGUUGCAACAACUAGACCACCAACAGUAUCAGCAGCAAAAUUUACAAGAAAGUCCCCAUCUUCAGUCGGUUGUCUAUUCAGUAGACACCUCACCAAUGCAUCCGCAACAUCUGCAACUGUCUCACCCAUCGACCUACAGAUCUUAUCAUGCUAACAACACCAUCCAUUAUCAACCACAACCCACCACAUACAUGCAGCACUACCCAAUAAUGUCUUCCACCCCAUUCUACCCACAAUCCCCAACCACCCCUGCCAGUACCUACCAACGUAAUGCCCAACAAUUCUACCCCAUCACAUCACAAAUGUCCUCUCCGCAGAGUUUUGGCUAUGUUGCUCAGUUUCCUCAACAGUAUCAUCAACAUCAGCAACAACAGUAUCAACAUUAUCAGCAACAUAGUCAACCGCAACAUCAACAAAGACAGCGACAACCCACAAUACCCCAGGCAAGCGUGAGUGGUGUUGGUAGUGAUGUUUUUGACGAUGGCGGGGAUGGGAAGGUGGAGAGGAAGUUGUUUGUCGAUGAGGAUGUCGACGAUGACGUCAUCAUCUAUCAGUCGUCGUCGCAAAAAUGCCAGCAGCAACCACAUCAACAUCAACAACAACAACAAAACAACAACGAUGGCAAAAGUGUUGAUCUUCAUUUUGAAAAUCUCGAAACAGCUCGUAGCAACAACACAACAUCGACACCGACGACUACAACGGCAGCAGUGGCAGUAACCACAACAACCACAACGACAAUCGUCAAAAAGCCGCUAAACAAGCCACAAGGAUUUUUCAUCGGGUUUGAUGAUGGCGGUCAUCCGGACAACCCAUCACUACUCUUAUCGCCACUCUCAAGAAGAAAACAUCCUCCCACGCAGUUUUCCAGCCUGGAUAAAAAACCGCAUGGGAAAAACCGGAAUUAUGCUGAUGAGCAGCAACUAUUAGUAGCUACUAACAGUGAUGACGAGGUUGCUAAAAACAGCAGCAGCAGCAGUGCUAAAGGAAAUAAUAAUGACAACGAUGAGAUUGACGUAGGGAAGAAGAUGUCUCCAACAACAACAACAACAUCAUCAACAACAACUGCAACAUCGGCAACAACAACCUCAACAAAAACCGUCAACAAGCAACAAACGACCACCAACGGCAAUGACGAUGAUGAUGAUAUGAUGCAUGUUGGGGAGGGCAAUGAGAAUGAUGGUGGUGAUGAUAAGGAAAAUGAUGAUGAUCAGAAUCAACUGUUGAUGGAUGGACAACAGCAGCAAGAAAUAGAGAAGAGGUACAUGAAAAUUGAAGAGAGAUUGAGAAAAAAUAAGGAGGAGAUGGAGAUGAAGAGGAUGAAGAUGGAAGAUGAGGCAAGAAUGAUGAGAGAAGUUAAGAGAUUGAAAGAUGAAGAAGAACAAAGAAAGAGAGCAGAGGGGAAAGAGAGACGAGAGAUGAUUUUCGCUAUGUACCAGCAGAAGAAGGCAGGGGUCGAUGGUUCGAACGCGGGUCUGAGCAGUGGAGCAAAUAUUGGAGUCACUAAUGUGGCUGUCGCUGGUGGUGGCAGUGGUCACUUCGAUGGUGACAAUAACGUCAUUUCUAAGCAACAACAACAACAAAAAGUUCUGACGAGAACAGGCUCGUCAAGAAAACAGCAUCAACAACUUCAGCAGCAGCAGCAAACGUUAACGAAACAUUCAAGUUUGACGACUUUGAAACAGAACAAAGCUCUGUCGGCGUCUGCGACAACAUUAGCAGCCACCACAACAAACACAACGAGAUCAACCACCAAUAUGGUGGGCAGCAAUUUCAACAUUGCUCAGGAUGUCGAUGCCCAAUCAACUCCGUCCUCUUAUAAUGGUCCCAAACUGUUCGUGAAACCAAGCAGCAAAUCGAACAGGCACUUGAUUGAAAAUGCCUUGAGUCACUGCUGCCUUGCCGGAACUGUCAAUCAAGAUAAUAAGGCUAAAGUGCUAGAGGUCCUGCAGAGGUCAGAGAGCAAACAUUUUGUCGUGUUGUUCAGGGACGUGGGCAUGCAGUACCGGGGGCUCUACGCCUACAGCACCACCGCCUCCAAUGGCGGGGCAGAUGGGGAUGAGAUCGUUAAGUUGCACGGUGUCGGCCCCAAAAUCGUCACCUCUAAACUGAUUGAAAAGUUUUUCAAAUACAACUCCGGGUCAAAGACCUUCUCGGAAGUGACGUCAACGAAGCAUCUGUCGGCCACCAUCGACGGCAUCACUCUGCACGGGUCCGUGUGGCAGAAGGGGAGGCAGGCAGGGACAGUCACUGCCGCGGGUCUCAUGUUUGGUUCCAAAAAGAACCUCAUGGGGUGAUGAUGACAUUAGGUGAUGGGGGUUGUUUCGUUGUUGUUGGGUGAUUGAUUUUGACCUGAUAAUCUUCAGAGAGUUUAUGUGUUCUCAUCUGAAUGAGUGAUUAAACAUUGUCAGUUAUAAAGAUAGAGACUCUGACUGAAAUGACGAAGAUUAAUAAUAAAGAUAGUUAAAACGUG